UCACUUCAGAGCAGCUGCCACAGACACAGCCAUGGCCUUCAACGGCACUUGGAAAAUAGACAGAAAUGAAAACUAUGAGAAGUUCAUGGAGGCGAUGGGUGUUAACAUGGUGAAGAGAAAGCUGGGUACCCGUGAUAACCUGAAGAUCACUAUCCAGCAAGAUGGGAACAAAUUUACUGUCAAAGAAGCCAGUAACUUCCGGACCAUAGAGAUUGAAUUCACCCUGGGAGUCGACUUUGAUUACAGCCUGGCUGAUGGGACUGAAAUGAAUGGAAAUUGGAACCUGGAAGGAAAUAAACUUGUGGGCACAUUUACCAGAAAAGACAAUAGAAAAGUACUGAAAGCAUACAGAGAAAUCGUGGGUGAUGAACUUGUUCAGACCUACGUCUAUGAAGGAGUUGAAUCCAAGAGAAUCUUCAAAAGGGGCUGAGCACUUCACCCAGAACAGCACCAGAAUGAAGAAGCAAUGAAAAAAAGA